UGUGCAGCCGUUCGGUUUGAAUGCGGCAUGAUUGUGGCGCGGAAAGAGUGAGCAAACAGCGAUCGCAUGGAAAUAUAGUCACAGCCAAGCCGAAUCCCAGCUCUAUAAUGUGUGCUCAGUUGAGUGGAUCAGUGGUGCUGCAGGUGGCUGUGCUGCUGGUGGUGCUAGUGGUGCUAUCCGCACCAACGCUCAGUGAAAGCGCCAAGCUCCCUGUCCGCCAGUAUCCCGCUGGAGUGGAUUUCUUCGAGCAUGAGUUCACCAGUGUGGCGGAAGAUGAAUACGAUCCUUACGGUCCCGACAUCGGUGACGACGACCUGGGAAUCGACGAUCCGGAGACCAUGCCCCGCUUGUUCCAAGGCGACAUCGCCAUUGAUCCGUACACCUACAUCACCCUGCGCCUGGGCGUCAAUCCAAUGAGGCAUCCAAAACGACUGUGGCCCAAUGGAACGAUUCCCUUCGAGAUAAGUCCGCGGUACGCAAAUCCGGAAAGACAGGCCAUUAUUCAAGCCGUGAAAACCUUUAACUCCCUGACGUGUGUGCACUUUGUGCCGUACGACGGGGAGGUAGAUGACUACCUGUUGAUCGAGCCGCCGUUGGAAGGACCUCAAGGAUGUUGGUCCUACGUGGGCCGAAGAGGAGGUGAGCAGGUGGUGUCCCUCCAGAGACCCGACGAAAACAGUGCCCACUGCUUCAGCAGCGAGGGCAGAAUAAUGCACGAGCUGAUGCACGCCAUCGGCAUAUACCACGAACAGUCCCGAGCAGAUCGGGACAACUUUGUCAAGAUCCACUGGGACAACAUCGUGCCGCGGUUUAGGAAGAACUUCAAGCUGGUGUCGAAGAAGAAGGGGAAGUACGCCUUCGACUACGACUACAACUCCGUGAUGCACUACGGCGAGUUUUACUUCAGCAAGCGGAAGGGGGAGAAGCCCACCAUGACCCCUCUACAACCUGGAGUUAGGAUCGGGCAGCGAAAGACCAUCAGCAAGAUCGACUGCCUCAAGAUCAACGAGCUGUACGGCUGCUUGCAGGGCCGCAGGGCCAAGAUGUACCGCAGUUUCUGUCACCUUCUCGGGUUGUAAGUGGACGUGGACCUGGAUAGGGAGAUUUGUUAUGAAUCACAUUGAUUUGAUAUUUAAUAAACUAUGGCUUAGACUUUUAUACGAA